AUGAAAAAAUCGUCAUCGUCCGGUGUAAAAUUAGCACCGGCCAUUCACCAUGCCACUGUUGUCUGUUUCGAAAGACGCAAUGAUCAAAAAAUGUGGUAUAUUAUUCAAGUCGAUCCUCAACCGAGCGAUAUUCGCAUGGUGCCUGGCCGUCCCAACCCCCAAUCCAUCGCACGUCAACCGUAUACGAUUGCUCGACGUUAUGAGGAUUUCACCCAUUUCGCCCAAUUGCUCCACGACACUUUUACUUCGUCCAAAUUGAACAACAUGGCUCGUCGUGCCGGUUCGCAGUGGCGCAAUAACAAUGCUCCUAUUGUACUUCCGAAAAUCAAAAGUCGCUUCAAUUUGCUUCCGAACAAACAAUUGCACGUGCAACGACGUACCGAGUUGGACAAAUUUGUGCAAACCCUUUUCAAAUUACCAUCGUUCAUUACCCAGUCUUUGGUCGUUUUGGAAUUCUUUGGGGAAGACAAAUUGUUGCCAUCAUCAUCAUCGUCACGAUGGAAACGGUUGCGAUACACUUCCUUCCGACCGAAACCACCUGCCGCGCUGACACCGUCUGCAAGUUUGUCGUCGUUGUGUACGCAAGCGGCCAACAAGAUUAUGCCCUGGACUUGCCGUAGUCGAGCCAGUCAAAGUACUUUUGCUACCAGUGCGACCCCCAGUCCUACCAUUUCGCCCACGUUGCGCAUGAUUAAACUCAAAGUCAUUUAUGAUUUUGAUAAUAUCAUAGUGAUCCAAGUGUCUCGCUGUAUCUCAUUGGACGAGUUGCGUACUCGCAUUGUUCAGAAAUUCUCGGAUCCAAGUAUGGGGGCCAUUCAAUUGCAGAAAAACUUUGUGCUGUUGUUCAACGAUGCUCGGUCUUCCGCUUCCACUCACUACGCUCGUCACCAGGAAAGUGGCGCCAGUUUGAUCUCUAAGCAACAAGAUUUGGCGCAUUUGAUGCAAACUAAAUGGUCCCGAGUGGAAAAGGUGACGCUUCGAUGCAUUAUUUAG